ACCUUGGACGUGGCCUGUCAUUUGAGAAAAAAAUAAAUAAAUUGUCAAAUUCCUACAAGACGACCGAACGAAAAGAAUAAAUAAUAAAAAUAAUAAAUGUAGUGUAAUUAUUUCAAACGCAAAUGUAUUAGAAGGAAUUAAAUGUGCUAGCCCUAAUUUUUAUUGAGAAAGACAUAACAUAUUAGAAAUACCAAUCAAACAUGGGUUUGUGCAAAUGUCCCAAAAGAAGUGUGACGAAUCAAUUCUGCUUUGAACAUCGCGUCAAUGUCUGUGAACAUUGUAUGGUGCAAAGCCAUCCUAAGUGCAUAGUGCAAUCGUAUCUGCAGUGGCUCAGAGAUAGUGACUAUGUGUCGAAUUGUACUCUAUGCUCUACUGGCCUAGAAGAAGGUGAAUGUGUCCGACUAGUGUGCUAUCAUGUUUUCCAUUGGGAUUGUUUGAAUGCUCGACAAGCUGCAUUGCCGGCAAAUACGGCGCCCAGAGGGCACACUUGUCCUGUAUGCGAUACUGAAAUAUUUCCCACUACAAAUUUGGUAUCUCCAGUAGCUGAUGCUCUAAAACAGAAAUUAUCUCAAGCAAACUGGGGACGUAAUGGACUGGGUCUAACAUUGUUGAGUGACGAGCAAGUUCCCAGUGCUAAGUAUAUUUCAAAUGUGUCAUCCCCAUCAUCAACCUCCCAAACAGCUUCAGCUCCCAUGAGCAGUAUGACAAAGGUUCACCACAGUAGUAGUGGCAGCAGCAAUGCUAUGGAACGCUCAAAAGCCAAUGGUGCGGUCUUUGCAAAUACUACAAUGAAAAGUGACAGUCCACAUUCCGUUUUACUUAUGGAUGCAUUUAAUCCACCUUCAAGUAGUGAUAUACACGCCAGCAGCCGUCGUCCUUUGCUGCCACGACAAUCGCCCAUAGGUGGUACGGAUCGUGAUGAAAAUAAAUACGCUAGACGUACUCCAGCUGAAAUAUUUUCUCGUUGGUCUAGACGUUUUUAUGCACCUUCUUCGAGACCACCUUGGAGAAGAACAUGGUUCUUGGUACUGAGCGGUGUCUUGGCUUUUGUGGUACUGAUAUAUUUGAUGGCUUUGUUCGGUCGUGGAGGUUCCGACGAUUCCUUGGAUAGUGGUUGGGACAAUUCAAAUCAACAAUUACCACAAAAUUCACAUUAUUAAUUUAGUUAAGAAUAUUGAUUAUCAACAAAUGAAAUGUUAUACAUAAAUUUAUUUUUUUUGUAAAACAAAUUUCUCAUAAUUUUUCUUCAGAACGAUUUGGUUAAAGUGUUAUGUUUUACAUGACUAAAGCAACUUUGAAAAGACAAAGUUUUCAGGCAUCGUAGAAACUCAGUUUCUAGACAUUUGGCACGAGUGUAAAAGAUUCGAUAUGUGAUAUAGAUCCGUGCUGGAGUUGUUUUAAAUCGUAUUAAAAUUUAUUCCUCUAUAACUUUAGAACCAUUUUUUAAAUUUCAGAUAAAGAAGUGUCAAUGUGUGAUAUUUUAAUGCCUAAUAUUUUAAUGGCUUGUAUGAUGGCAUUAGUCCAUCAUGUUGAGAUAUGCUGUUCUUUUGUAGUGUAGUUAUAAAAAUCGUUUGUAAUUUGAUUUGGUUUGAUGUAAUUUAAUCAAAUAAAAAUAAACGGAGGGAAAUAUUUUUGCCACGUUAAAAA